AUGGUGGCAACAGGUCCCGGCUGCCGCCUCCUCCUCCUGCUGCUGCUGCUGCUGGGUCUGUCCGCGCUGGCCCAGCCGCCCCCCCCCGCCCUCCGCGCCGGCCACGCCGCCUCCUCGCUGCCCGCGGCCGCCGCUGCCCCGCGCACCAGAUACCUGCUGUAUGAUGUAAACCCUCCCGAGGGUUUCAACCUUCGCAGAGAUGUCUAUGUCCGCAUUGCUUCCCUUCUGAAGACCUUGCUGAAAAGUGAGAACUGGGUGUUAGUUUUGCCUCCCUGGGGACGUCUGUAUCACUGGCAGAGCCCCAACAUCCUUCAGGUCCGGCUCCCUUGGUCCCAGUUCUUUGAUAUCCCAAACCUCAACAGGAACAUCCCUGUCAUUGAAUAUGAGCAGUUCCUUGCAGAGUCAGGUGGGCCCUUUAUUGAACAGAUCUAUGUGCUACAAGGAUAUGCAGAAGGAUGGAAAGAAGGAACAUGGGAAGAAAAAAUAGAUGAAAGGCCAUGCAUUGAUCAGCUUAUGUACUCCAAAGACAAACACGGGUACUACAGGGGAUGGUUCUGGGGUUACGAGGAAACACGGGGCCUAAAUGUGUCUUGUUUGUCUGUCCAAGGAUCUGCCUCUAUUGUGGCUCCCAUCCUUUUGAAGAACACUUCAGCACAGUCAGUGGUGUUAGACAGAGCUGAAAACCUUCUUCAUGACCACUAUGGAGGGAAAGAUUACUGGAAUACCCGCCGGAGCAUGGUGUUUGCUCAGCACCUCCGAGUGGUGGGAGACCAGUUUAGAAACAAGUACCUUCAGUCCACGGAUGAGGCAGACAGGACUCCUUACAAAGAGGACUGGACUCAGAUGAAGGUUAAGAUGGGCACAGCUCUAGGUGGUCCAUACCUUGGGGUUCAUCUCAGAAGGAAAGACUUCGUUUGGGGUCACAGAGAAGAUGUGCCUUCCCUGCAAGGAGCAGUAAAGAAAAUCCGCAGCCUCUUGGAGAUCCAUAAACUUGACAAAGCCUUUGUAGCCACUGAUGCUGUUGAGGAGGAGAUUGAAUUGCUGAAGAAACUGCUGCCAGAGAUGGUGAGGUUUGAGCCCUCUUGGGAGGAGCUAGAACUCUACAAAGAUGGGGGCUUGGCUGUGAUUGACCAGUGGAUCUGUGCACAUGCAAGGUAUUUUAUAGGCACCUCAGUUUCAACAUUUUCCUUCCGGAUUCAUGAGGAAAGGGAGAUCUUGGGAUUUGAUCCUAAAACAACUUACAACCGAUUUUGUGGUGAAAAAGAGAAAAACUGUGAGCAGCCAACUCACUGGAAAAUUGUGUACUAAAUCUACAGAGAAAUCCAAGGACUUCACUACUGGCGACCUCAAAAGAAUAAGGAAAAACUAUGGGGAAAUACCAACCUACAACUCAGUGCCCUUUUCUCCGUGUUUACUUGACCUCUGGGUUGUGAAGUAGAAGCAAUACUCACCUUCUUAGCCAGGCACUCACGGGAGCCAGGAAAAUGCAGGCAGCCUGAGAUCCAGUUCCCAGCAAAGCCAGGACUAGGGGACAGCACCAGCCACUGCAGGUGGGACCUGAAAGGCAAAACUUUGUCCUGAAACCAAGUAACAAAGUUAGCUGCAGUUUUCCUUGAAGUUCUGCUGAAGAAGAGGAACAGCUGAACUUUUAUAAAUGUAACCCAGCUGUGGUCUGCUCUCUGUUUGUCUUUAUUUUUUGUUCUGUUCAGUGUUUGACUCUCUGAUCACAAACAUUAUGUCUUAGUUUUGUAACCUGCACUACGUGAGCUGCAGAGCUGCAGCUCCAUGGGGAAGUCUUCCCUUUUCAGGUAGUAAUUUCUGACCAUUCAAAACUGUCUUGAUGCAGGCAGGGCUUGAUGGAAGAGGAGGAGGUGAUAGUUCUACCUGAACACCAGCUGCUUGUAAUUGCAGUCUCAGUGGGACUGUGCUGAGAGAGGCACAGAGAUGGGGCUUGUGGGAUGGUAAAAGAAAGAUGAAGGAAGGAAGCAUUUCCCCAUCAUCCUCCAGAAAGCCCGUUCAGUUGGACUGAUGAAACAGUCAGCACUCUUUUGGGAUUGCCCAGUUACUUGGUUAAGGAAGUUGGUGAUGCUCUGCUUAGGGAGCAUGCUGAAAGGCCUGGUACAGUUCCAGUCACAUGGACAGUCCCACUAAUUGAACAAACCAAUUUUCUUCAUUUCUGCUUCUGUUUCAUGCAAGGGAACAAACUGAGGACAAUCACAGGCAGCAGAGGUCACUGCAUACAGUCCUAGCAGUCAGGAACCUUGCAGGUGAGGGUGUGUGGUGGAGUCUUCUGGCUUGUUCUACAGGGGAAGAGCCCCAUGCUGCACCCUCAGCCAGAGGGACAGCACAGCUCCUGUUUGAGAAGGGGUUUGUACCAGUACCAGUUCUAGCUCUUGCAGUCUCCUGCUAUGUAGAAUUGCUGCUGGGAAGUAUUCUGCUCCAUUUUGUGCUUCAGGUGGGUCUUUUGCCCUGCAGGUCUACAUGGUAUAGGGGCAAGAAGCUUUUUCAAAAGUGCAUGAGGAGACAGCUUUCAGAAGGUGAAGCAGACAUUUUCCCCUCAAGUCCAUUUUUUCCAGAUUAUGUCAUAGCUGGCAGACCCUUCACUUGCUCUUUCCUCUUGACUUGCAUAGGUUAUAUAAUGCUCCUGCACUGUGCAGUGAACAUCUCACAGGUGCUUCCAGACAAUGAGGUUGUUUCCUCCCAUGCAAUGGCAGCAGAAGCUGUGAAGUCUUCUUGGACAGUAGUAGAGGCAGCUCUCCUGUUCUUACCAGCCAUUUAUUGUAUCUCUGCAGCAGCUGAGCCUCUGCCAACAACGUGGAGAGCCCAGCAUUUCAAAGCAGUGCCUUUUCCCACCAAAUCAAAUGUCCUCAUGUAGGCUGUGCACCAUGUAAAGCAACAGUGGCAUUUUACGUGUGAUGUAUGUAUACCUCAUGAAGAAAAAUAUAAAGCUUUGUAGCAUUUUA